AGAGGUGAUCGCAUCAGCAGUCACAGCUCGACGCUGAUUGCAAUUUUGCAUAAUUAAAUCAUGGGGAAUCAUUCGGAAUACCUGCUCGUUGAAUUAUUCGGAUUGAUAAUCGCUGUGAUCGGUGGUGUAUACAUCUACUUGAAAUAUGUGACCUUCAAUUAUUGGCAUUCGAGGAACGUUGAUUACGUCAAGCCAAUAAUUGUUCCAUUUGGAAGCUUAUGGCCCGUAUUAUCAAUCCAGACUUCGCUCGCCGAGUUCCUUCGUGAUACGUACAUAGCGUUCAAAAAAAGCCGAGUAGUCGGUAUCUACACGUUUUACAGACCCAUGCUUGUUGUCAACGACCCUGAGCUGAUACGUUUCAUUCUGACUAAGGAGUUCGCCUACUUUCACGACCGUGGUUUAUACACAAACGAGAAAGUCGAUCCUGUUCUUGGAAACCUCUUCUUGGUACCAGGAGCCAAAUGGAAGCAUCUGAGGACCAAGUUCACUCCGACGUUCACUUCAAGCAAGAUGAAGCAAAUGUUUUUCACCGUCAAAGAUUGUGCCGAUAUCCUGGCUUCCUCCGUUUCAAGCAAAGCCAGUAAAUCUGAACUUAUCGAGGUCAAAGAACUGAUGGCAAGGUUUUCCACUGACGUCAUUGCGUCAGUAGCUUUUGGCAUUCAGUGCAACAGCAUCGAGAAUCCAGAUGCAGAGUUUCGAAAGUGGGGUCGAAAGGUCUUCGAGCCAAAACCGUUGAGAAACGCGCUUGCGAUACUGUUCCCGAGCAUCAUGCAUCUCUUCAGCAUUCGGGUAAUCGACAAGGAGAUAUCGAACUUUUUCAUAAACGUUUUCAAGGAGACCGUGCAAUACAGAACGGCCAACAACGUGGUGAGGAAGGACUUUUUGGAUCUGGUUCUGCAACUCAUCAACAAGGGUUACUUACAAAGUGACGAGAGGACGAAAUCGCCUGAGACAAUAUCGGGUACGCUGAUAUAAUCAAACUUCCUAAAAGCGCAAGAACCGUAAUCCAUUUAAUCUCGACUCGCAGAUGCCGACAACGUGAAGAUUACAAUGCUGGAAGGAGCAGCUCAAGCCUUCGUCUUCUGGUUGGCCGGCUUUGAGACGUCUUCAACAACGGCAACCUACUGCCUUUACGAAAUGGCGUUGAAUCCUGAUGUCCAGGAAAAAGUUGCCGAGGAGAUAAACACCGUAUUGUCCAAGUUUGGUGGCAUGAAUUACGAAAGCAUCAAGGAGAUGCACUAUCUUCACAAAGUUGUGUCUGAAACGCUGAGGAAGUAUCCUUCGCUUCCGGUACUCAACAGAGAGUGUACCAAGGAUAUUGAACUUCCUGGUACCGGACUUUGCGUCACAAAGGGAACUCCGAUUCUUAUUCCCGUAUUCGGGCUUCACCGAGAUCCCGAAAUUUAUCCAAACCCGGAAAAAUUUGACCCGGAAAGGUUCACCGAAGAGAACAUCGCCAAGAGGCACCAGUUCUCUUAUUUGGCGUUCGGCGAGGGGCCCAGAAACUGCAUUGGCAUGAGGUUCGGGUUGAUUCAGACGAAGGUUGGCCUCGUCAGCCUACUUUCCAAGUACAGAUUCAAGCCAGGUCCGGAUUUAAAAGUGCCGCUUGAACUGGACAAGGGAAACUUUGUUCUUGGUCCGAAAGGAGGAGUGACUCUUCGAAUCGAAAAACGAUAUUACACUGAAUGGAUCGAACUGUCCAGUAUGAUGAAACUUGGUGCAUCCUUGUGUGUCUGGAUAAUUCAUUCUCUAGUGUCUGCCAAGAUGGUGUUUCUCCCGGACAACCUUCUUCUCCAAAUUCUUGGUGUGAUAGUUGCAAUUUUCGGUGUCGCCUACAUGUACCUAAAACACAUCGUCUACAAUUACUGGAGUUCAAGAGGGGUUGUUCAGGGUGAAACGAUAGUACCGUUCGGCAACUUGUUGCCGGUCCUCAUGGCCAGGAAGACAAUCGGUGAAAUGCUGCGCGAUGAGUACAACCGAUUUAAGAAGAAACGCGUCUUCGGCAUUUACGCGUUCCACAGACCAACCCUGGUAAUCUGUGACCCAGACCUGAUCCGCUCCGUGCUGACAAAAGAGUUCGCGAAAUUUCAGGACCGCGGAAUGUACGUGAACGAGGAAGUGGACCCGAUGUCGUCCCACCUUUUCCUGCUCGGUGGUGUGAGGUGGAGGAAGAUGAGGGCGAAGUUAACGCCAACGUUCACGUCCGUUAAGAUGAAGAACUAUUUCAGUGCUGUUAAGGACUGCACCGAUAAUCUCGUCCAGUGCUUUGCCGGUGAAGUGAAGAAGAGCGAUCUCGUUGAAGUGAAGGGCAUCAUGGACAGGUUUACUACUGACGUCAUCGCCUCCAUAGCGUUCGGAAUAAACGGCAACAACUUGCAAAACGGAAACUCUGAGUUUCUUUUCUGGGGUCGUAAGACGUUGGAGCCCAAGCCAAUCAUAAACACGCUGCUGUCAGUGUGUCCAUCGAUUUUGAAGCUGUUGAACAUCAGCACAACCGACAAAGGAUCUUCAGACUUCUUCAUGAGAACGUUCAAAGAGACGGUGGCGUAUAGAAAGUCUGCUAAAGUAGUAAGGAAUGACUUUAUGGACCUGGUUAUGCAGCUGAUGGACAGGGGUUAUGUCAAAGCUGACGACGGCAAGGACACCCAGGAGUCAGAGGACACUGGUGGACGGAUAACUAUCGAGGAAGGAGCAGCUCAAGCUUUCAUCUUCUGGCUAGCCGGUUUCGAAACUUCAUCAACAACGGUAACAAACUGCCUCUACGAAAUGGCGCUGAACCCUGAAAUCCAGGAGAAAGUUGCCGAGGAAAUAAACACCGUCCUCGAAGAAUUUGGUGGAAUGACUUACGAGAGCAUCGCAAGGAUGGUUUACCUUCACAAAGUUGUAUCCGAGACCCUGAGGAAGUAUCCUAUCGUUCCAGAACUCAACAGGGAGUGCAAUCAGGACGUUGACUUGCCCGAUAGCGGCUUCCACGUUCCAGCGGGUACCCAGAUCUUCAUUCCGGUGUUUGGCAUCCAUAGGGAUCCCGACUUUUAUCCUGAGCCAGAGAAAUUCGACCCGGAACGUUUCACGGAGGAGAAUAUCGCCAAGAGGCACCGUUACGUUUAUCUACCUUUUGGCGAAGGGCCCAGAUAUUGCAUCGGAAUGAGGUUCGGCCUUCUUCAGACAAAAAUCGGUCUCAUCACCUUACUUUCAAAGUUCCGUUUCAAGCCAACACCGAACACCAAAGUCCCUCUACCUCUGGAUACAGGAAACUUUCUACUCAUGACACUUGGUAGGGUGACUUUACGUGUCGAGGAACGAUACUGAGAACGAAUAAAAAAAAUAGUCUUUUAUCACACGUCCGCCU